CUUGCUAGGCAAAAUAAAAAAAAAAUUGUUUAAAACAGAAAUAUAUUUCUGAUACAUAAAUAAUUAUUAUAUUUUUUUCAAAAUACGCUCACUGGGCCACCACCAUCCACCACCAGUCAUCAUCACGCCUAGAAAACAACAAACGAAUAACAAUAACAAUCGACGCGCUCGUACGUUGUCUGGCGAGCGUGAUAUUGAAAGAAAAAUUAAAAUUUUAUAAGUUCAAGAUACCUACAUUUUUAUCAAAAUUGUCUUGCUGUUGAAUUUUAUUGGAAUUAGCUGUUGCGAUGGACUCGGAUGAGGAUGCAUUGAACGAUAUAGACUCUGGAAAUGAAUCUAGCGGAGAUGAUGUGGAUUUUGCAAUGGAGGUUGAUGUGCGUCACGAGCGUGAAAAAAACCAAGACAUUGAUGAUUUUCCCUUUGAAGUUCUGUCCACAGACAAUAUUGUUCAACACAUGAUUGAUUGCAUCAAAGACGUGAAUACUGUGCUUCAAAUGCCUGCUACAACGACUCGCAUUUUGUUGAAUCAUUUUAAAUGGGACAAAGAAAAGUUAAUGGAACGAUUUUACGAUGGUGACCAGGAUAAAUUAUUCUCUGAGGCUAGAGUAAUAAAUCCAUUUAAAAGAACUCAACCGAUUAUACAGAGGCCAACAUCUACGCGUAGUAGAGGUACUCCUGGAAUGGAAGAUUGUGCUAUUUGCUUUGUAAGACUCCCAAACAAUAUGAUGACUGGAUUAGAAUGUAAUCAUCGAUUCUGUACACAAUGUUGGACAGAAUAUUUAACAACAAAAAUUAUUGAAGAAGGUGUUGGUCAAACAAUUGCAUGUGCAGCAAGUGGUUGUGAUAUAUUAGUAGAUGAUGCCACUGUUAUGCGAUUAGUCAGAGAUCCAAAAGUUCGAAUGAAAUAUCAACAUCUGAUUACUAAUAGUUUUGUUGAAUGUAACAGAUUAUUACGUUGGUGUCCAUCACCUGACUGCAAUAAUGUUAUUAAAGCCCAGUAUAUUGAUUCAAAACCAGUGAUCUGUCGAUGUUUGCAUGUAUUUUGUUUUGUGUGUGGAGAAAAUUGGCAUGAUCCUGUUAAAUGUAAUUUAUUAAGAAAAUGGAUCAAAAAAUGUGAUGAUGAUUCAGAAACUUCAAAUUGGAUUGCAGCUAAUACUAAAGAGUGUCCUAAAUGUAAUGUAACUAUAGAAAAAGAUGGUGGUUGCAACCAUAUGGUUUGUAAAAAUCAAAAUUGCAAAACUGACUUUUGUUGGGUAUGCCUUGGCCCAUGGGAACCACACGGAUCUUCAUGGUAUAACUGUAAUCGGUAUGAUGAAGAAGAAGCUAAAGCUGCUAGAGAUGCUCAAGAAAGAUCCAGAGCUGCCUUACAGAGGUAUCUUUUCUACUGUAACCGUUAUAUGAAUCAUAUGCAAUCGCUUAAGUUUGAACACAAACUUUAUGCUAGUGUUAAAGAAAAAAUGGAAGAAAUGCAACAACAUAACAUGUCUUGGAUUGAGGUACAAUUUUUAAAAAAAGCUGUUGAUAUAUUAUGUCAAUGUAGACAAACACUUAUGUACACUUAUGUGUUUGCAUACUAUUUGAAGAAGAAUAACCAAUCAGUUCUUUUUGAGGAUAACCAACGAGACUUAGAAAGUGCUACUGAAACUCUGUCAGAGUAUUUAGAAAGAGAUAUAACUUCCGAAAAUUUAGCUGACAUCAAGCAGAAAGUUCAAGAUAAAUAUCGUUACUGCGAAAGUCGGCGAAAAGUGUUGUUAGAGCAUGUUCACGAAGGUUAUGAGAAAGACUGGUGGGAUUACACAGAAAAGUUGUGAACUAGUCACAUAUAUCUGUGAUAUAAAAUUAAGUAUACAUACAAAAUACAACACAUUUACACAAAUAUGUUUAAAAAAAUUUUAACUACCAUAAACUAUAUAUUAUAUAUUAUAUAUAUAUUUAUGUUUAUGUACUAA